UAAACAUAAUCCAUUCACGUCACUCGGCUGAAAGCCUGAAAGGAAGACAUUGAUCACAUUACAUUGGCCUGUGUGCCUUGCAUUCAAAUCUUUCUUCAGCUUCUGCCUCUGAAUUGGGCAGCGUAUUGUUCCUAUUUGCUUGUUUUUCAAUCGUUUACAGGGGCGAGGAACUCGUGUGCCUCAACAAGUUGAUUGGUUGAUUUUGUGAUUUUGACGCUUGGGGACCGCAAUGGAAUUUGAUCUCUCCGAUAGCAGCGGAACAGAUGAUGAUCUUCCUCCUUCACAUCAAAAUAAAUUUCAACGACCAGAUCAUGCUGCUGAAACUAGAAAUGGAAGAUCAGCUGUUGUAGGCUCCGGUCCAUUUCCUAGGAUGCAGAAUGACAUGGAAACACAAAUCCAUAAAAUUGAGCAGGAAGCAUACACCUCUGUCCUGCGGGCUUUUAAAGCUCAAUCUGAUGCAAUUACUUGGGAAAAAGAAAGUUUAAUUACAGAACUUAGGAAGGAGCUAAGAGUCUCAGAUGAAGAACACAGAGAACUUCUAUCCAGAGUCAAUGCCGAUGACAUCAUCCGCAGGAUAAGUUGUGCUGUUAGGGAGUGGAGAAAGGGAAGUGGGCUCCAACCUGCUGUUCAACAAGUUCAUGAUCGCAAUACCAGUCGCAAUACCAGCCCUACCGUUUCAGCAUCCCGUAAGAAACACAAGACAUCCCAAUCUGUGGUUUCAUUAUCCCUGGGUGCACCGUCUCCUGCAGUUCAUCCAUCUGUGCAAUCAUCAUCAUCUGCGUUGAAGCAUGGACCUCCUCCAUCAGGAGCAAAGACCAAAAAGCCAAAAUCAUUCCCUUCUACAGGUCAUACAAGCAGAAGCCAGGUCACUAAUCAGGGGGGUUCUUCAGGUGCCUUUGCGGCAAAUGAACCUGCUGAAGCAGCCUCUUGUGAUCCCUGGAUUGGAAGGAAAGUUUGGACUAGGUGGCCUGAAGACAACCACUUCUAUGAAGCUGUUAUAACUGAUUAUAAUCCUGCUGAGCGGCGACAUGCUUUGGUCUAUGAUAUGAAUUCAGGAAAUGAGACGUGGGAGUGGGUCAAUCUUAAAGAGAUAUCUCCAGAAGAUAUUCGUUGGGAGGGUGAUGAUCCUGGAAUACCUCGUAAAGGUGGCCAACCUGGUCAAGGUAGGAAGAAAUCUAAGUCUCGUGGUGGUGCAGUUACUGGUGCUGGAGGAGGUAGUGGAAUGAUGAAGACUCAGCCUAAGAAAGAUUUCACUUCGUCACAAAAUGGGAGCCGGAAGAAGCCUAUAAGUGAUAUUCAGAUACUCCACACAGAUACCCUUAUCAAGGAGGUUGAAAAGGUUUUUAGUGGCAGUCAUCCUGAUCCCGUGGAAAUGGAGAAAGCAAAGAAAAUGCUAAAAGAACAUGAACAGGCACUUGUCAAUGCAAUUGCCAGGCUCGGAGAUGCAUCUGAUGGUGAAAGUGAUGGGGAAGGGCACUCGACGGAGCAGGAAAAGCGCCGGAAGAAACGACUGUCCAAUUCAGGUGGCAUUAGAGGACUCGACGGUUCAAUUGGUGAUAAAGUACGAAGAGAGACCAGUGCUCCAUCUAAGAAUAAGAAUCCCCACAAAGUUGCCAACACAUGACUAUUGUAAUAUGCCAUGUUUAUUGUUGUAUUAUUGUGGGUUUGUUCUUUUAUCUAUUAAGUAGUGCAGCAGGUAGGAGUGGCCUAAAUCUAGAGAAACAUAAUAUAUGUAACUUGUAAAUUAUAAAUUAUGAAAAGGAUGGUUC